CACUUCAUUCCCUCUCGCAUGAUGAUGGACGGCAACGGCUCCUCUUUUCCUCUCUUCCUCCUUCCCACAGUGGCUUUGGACCGGGUUUUGUGCUCAAUGACUCUUCAUAAAUUAGUUGAAAUGUCCACCAUCUCCAAUCGUGCCCUGAACUAUGUCAAAUCGUGCGUCUCCCGCGUGCCGGUCGCAUUUACAAUCAGCUUCACUGCAAACACUUUAAGAAUCUACUUCGGACUGGACCCCGAGCCAUGGUGCAUCGACUUGCUGGAGCCCAUCGGCGAGAUCUUCCUUGAUCUCACGCUUUCCUUGGAUGGAAAAUGGCACACUCUAACCACCGAGCACAACUUGAUGCAUAUUUUGGAGUUCAUUCGUCUGCGGCAGCCAAAGCUUGGCUCCGUGCAAUGGACCAACAACGCGUUGAGCAACGAGGUCUACCAGCACUUGAUGGGCACCUGUGCAGGCGCCAGCACGUGGAUUUUCAGAAUGCAUUGCGAAGAAGACUUUUGGCAUAAUCCGGAGCGCUUUCAGAAGGAGUCGUUUUUGCUGAAGUCGAUUGAGAUCACCCAAGCCUUCUGGAUCACUUUGGAGCAUCUCAACGCAUUCCAUCGGUGCACUAGGAUCAAGCUCAAGAAUAUGGAGCUUACGAGCCAGGAGGUCAACGUGUUUCUCAAAGGCUGGACUGAAAAUUCAAAUCUGGAGCAUAUCCGUCUGGACCUUGAAGAGUUUGAUGGAGAGGUUGCACUGGAAGGUCUUCCGCUGAGAAAGGUUACCGCUGAAAAGAAGUUGGACAUGAAUGUGGACAGAAGAUGGACGGUGUAUAAGAUUGAGAAGAACGACGGGACACGUGCGGUGAUUCUCACGAGACGUAGGCGGUUUGUGCUGAAGCUGGAGCAGCUUGGAUUUGAUAAUGAAUGAAUGAUGAUUGUUUUAUAUAUAUAUUUAUUGAAGGAAUGUUUUUAAUAGAGAAAAUAAAAUAGCUAAAUUUU